AUGAACAACACUAACUUUGACGUGCUUGUGAUUGGGAUGGGGCCCGCCGGCCUUAUGUGCGCUUUAUCGUUGGCUAAAGCAGGGGUUAGAACGAAAAUUAUCGACAGACGAGCACUUGGAACGCAAUACGGCAACGCCGAUGGCAUCCAGCCACGAACCUUGGAGAUAUGGGAUACCUACGGCAUCCUAAAAAGGUUCGUUGAUGGAUCCGCGCCUAUGCAUGCGAUGGUGACAUAUAACCCGGAAAUCGACAAUGGACAAUUGAAGCUUGUACGGACGCGACCAGUCCGCAACGUCGUGGUAGACAGUAGAUUCCCGUACGAGCGAACGGCAGCCAUCGAGCAUAUUGAAGGGACAUUACGAGAGGCUCUCCUCGAAGCCGGUGGAGCCGUCCAGUACAGCACCACGCCAACGAACGUAGAAGUAACGCCAGAUUCUCAGUCGGAGUAUCCCGUCAGGGUUGCGCUGGAAACAGUGUCAGUACCACUGGACAAGCGAGGGCACGGCGGAGACCUUCACCAGACGUCUUCGUCGGAAACUAUCCAAGCUAAAUAUCUAGUAGGCGCCGAUGGUGCCAACUCGUGGGUGCGCCGGUUCUUCGAUAUCCCAUUGGAGGGGGAUUUAACUGAAUCGAUAUGGGGGGUCACUGACGUGAUCGUGGAAACAAACUUCAGCGAUUGCCGAAUGAAAUGCAUUAUCAACGCACCAACGGGCACAAUCAUCACGAUUCCAAGGGAAGGGGAGAAAAUCCGGUUCUACGUGCAGCUGUCCCUCGAUGACUGUCAACUUACCCCCAGCGGACGUGUUGAUAAGUCGCAUCUAUCCAGCGAAGCCUCUCGUCGAAUGGUCCUCAAGCGUAUACAAGCAGGGAUGUCACCUUUUGAAGUCAAGUUCACACACGUUUUCUGGUGCACAAUAUUUGCCAUCCCUCAGCGGGUCGCGAAGCGUUUCUCUGUCCAAGACAGAGUCUUCAUCGUUGGCGACGCAUGCCACCAGCACUCCCCCAAGGCAGGCCAGGGCGCUAAUGCAGCUAUGGGUGACUCUCAUAAUCUCGCGUGGAAGUUAGCGCACGUCAUCAAAGGAUGGGCCACCCCAAACAUCUUGCGAACUUACGAGAUCGAACGCAAAGGCUACGCCCAGCAACUCAUCAACUUCGACAAAGAAAUAUCAGAGACACUUGAAGCGGGUUCCCCAGAUAGUUACGAGAGGGUAUUGCACCGUCAGAACUUGUUCACAAGUGGCUUGGGGAUUCGAUACGACUCGAUGCUGACGAUUCAAUCAUCUGUUUCUCAGCAAGGGGAGCGCGCUAUAACAGUUGGAAAGUACCUCCCGUGGUGCCCGGUCACUCGACUCGCCGAUUGGGACUCCAUGGACAUCCAAUCGUUGAUUUCUUUCGACGGGCUGUGGAGGCUGCUGAUUUUCCCUGGGGACAUUCGCUUGGAAAACAAUCAAGCUGAACUUGCGCGAUUGGAGAAAGAAGUCGGGCGAUGCGUCGGAGUGCUCAAACACGCCAUAUUGUACACGAUUCUGGACAACCGCGAAGAUGAGGCCCAAUGGACAGAUGUUCCAAGGGUUCUCCGGUCGUGGAAACGUGACCGAAAGAGCUCGCCGAAUGUCUACGAACUCUUGGGGGCUGGUCAGCUUGGCUCAGUCGUGUUGGUGCGGCCUGAUGGUUAUGUUUCGAUGGUCCAAGAACUAGCCGGGUUCAAUGGCGAUGAGUUGACUAGAUUCUUCCUCGCCCUGUAG